GCUCGUCCGUACUGUCUCGUCAGCAGGAGGGCAAAGAAGGAAAGGGGGAGUGACGGUUUGCUGUGGCUGCUAUUAAGCAAAGAAACCAGAAAAAGAGAGAGACGCCUUUAACGGGCGACAGCAGACACGCCACGGAGAAAAGCCGUCACGGAGCUAAGGAAACGGGGCACUCUUGGAGCACCCUGGCCUUUUCCCAAGCCCCGCCCACUGUCUGGGCGGGGCUGCAAGAAACUUGAGCCGGAAGGGACGGAGCGGUAAACACUGAGUCUGCGCGCUCAUCUCGCGAGAGCAGUAGAGGGCGGAAGUGCAGUCUGUUCAGGAUGAGGUUCCUGGUUGCGUUUGUCUUGCUGAGCGUCGAAGCGGCGGACCCCGUGCCGUCCAGUUCUGUGCCAGCCUCCACAAUACCCACUCUGAGGGUAAGUCAGUCUACUGGAGACUCCAAGCUCUUAACCGCGGAACUGCCUUCUCGGUCAGACAAUGUAGACAGAUCCAUUCCGAAACAAAACACCGGGGAAGUCAGCCCUGACAAGUCGAAACUGGAGCCAAACACCACGAAUGACGGCCCUCACAAAUCGAAAUCUCAAGAGCAUAUCACGAAUGUCGACCAUAACAACAACACAAAUGUUGACCUUGGCAAGUCGAAAACGGAGCCGCACUCCACGAAUGACAGCUCUGACAGAGCGACAUCUGAGGACCCUGCUGCGGAUGGCAACCCUGACAAGUUGGAACUGAAGCAGGACAUCACGAAUAAUGGCUCUGGCAAGGGGAAAUCUGGGGAGCAUACUGCUGCAAUUGAGGACCCUAGCAAACUGGAACUGGAGCAGCUUUCUUCCAAAGACCACUCCGGCAAUCCAAUCUCCAACCCCUCUUCUGAUAACAAGGAGCCUGCUGUAAAUCCAUCAGCUGACAAAGCUCUGCAGUCUCCUAGAACUAAACCUGUGGAAAAAGGAUUACUGGAUUUGGACUCCUCUUCUCCCCAGCAGGAGGGAGAAGGUAAGUCUUUAGAGCCAGCUGAAGAUGUGGAGCCCAAGGAGACUGAAGAAGGGGAUACAAAGCCUGAAGAGGAUAUACCACCCAAAGAAGAGAAAGAAAUGCCUGGCCCUGCCUCGAGUGAGAACCGUGAAGGGGCACUUUCGAAACCCUUGGGUAAGGAGAAGGAUGACGUUUAUAAGGAUAAUCUUGGAAAUGCCAGUGCAGAGAGCAGCCACUUCUUUGCAUAUCUGGUGACGGCAGCCAUUCUCGUCGCUGUCCUCUAUAUUGCCUACCACAAUAAACGGAAGAUUAUUGCUUUCGUCCUGGAAGGAAAAAGAUCCAAAGUCACACGGCGGCCAAAGGCCAGUGACUACCAGCGUUUGGACCAGAAGAUUUGAAUUUUCUGUUCUUGAGAACCAUGUCCUCCCUGCUGAUUUGUUUCUAAGUCAAGAAAAAUGAAGAGAAAAAUACUGUGACCUAAGAGAGACCCCCUGCUCUCGGGUUUGGUGGCGAGUCUGGCAGAGGCAGGGGGGGAUUGCUUUGAUUUUUGCACCUGCACUUUGGUGACCUUGUCCUCCUGUGUUCCUGUUAUUUAUGCUGGUGUCUUCCAGCCUGUCCCCCUCUGAGUGUGAGUAGAGGAGCAUGUGGGUACCCAGCUGUGACCAAAGGAAGACCGCAGCCCUCAGCAGGUGCUCGCUGCUCACUGCCCUCUGUGGGACCUUGGCCUUGUGGUAAAGUUUUCCCUUGAAAACUCUCGCACUCGCCCCUGUUUACCUUCACAGACCUAGGCGACUACAGCAGGCUGAGGUGCGUCUCCCAGAGCCUCUCCCUUUGGGGGGAUGCGCCCCACAGAAGAUGGAGAAGGUGGGGAAUGCUGAUGGGUGAAGGGCUCCUUUGAGCACACGAUUCUCUUCAAAGGCUUUGAUAGCAAACCAAAAUAGCAGCAAGAAAACGUGCUUUAUCGCCAGCGAGCUCAGCCUGCCCAGCACAAGCUCUUCACAUUCUUCUGACAUUUUCAUGUCACCUAGGACUAAGCCACCCUACUUCCAUUUGGUCAGUCUGGGCAGAAAACCAUACUUGGGGAUUCUGGGAGGAAAGCCUUAAAGCCCCGGUUCCCAUCACAGGUUUUUUUUAAAAAUAGCAGUUAACCAUGAUUGAAACACUAUGUUCACCCUACUCACUAUUGUUAGGAGAACUUUUUGAAAUAGGGUGAGUUCAUGUUUUGGGCAAGAAAGCACGUGGUUCAGUUUGGCUUUGGUCAGCAGUUUUUCUCAAAGGGUUGUUAUGAAACAGGUUUCCUGCAAACUGUUUUGCCUUUGUUGCCUAAAAUCGACUUAUAUUUACAGACUGACUGUCCUCCCUCUUUUACCUAAAUCUAGUUAAUGGUCCUCUUAUCUGGUACAAAAUGCCAAGGCUGGAAUUCCCACUGUGGUGCAGUGGGUUAAUGAUCCAGCAUGUCUCUGCAGAAAUGCGGGUUUAUUCCCCAGCCCAGCCCAGCCCAAUGGAUGAAGGAUCUGGUAUUGCUGAAGCUGUGGUGUAGGUCGAAGCUCUAGCUCAGAUUAGAUCCCUGGCCCUGGAACUUCCACAUGCCAUGGGAGUCGUUAAAAAAUAAAAAUAAAAUCCAAGGCUAAUUAGUAAACAUCCUUCUUCUAUCCCACAUCUGGGGUUAUUAAAAUUUAAGGAAUUCAGAGCGUUCCCUGGGGUUUGGGCUGUUUCAAGCUUUAUUUAAACCUGUUCUAGUUGUGCCACCCUAUUAUAGAGAGCCUAAAGAGAGUUGUUUCUGCAAAGAAAAAACCAAAAUAGGAGUUCCCCAGUGGCCUAGCGGUUAAGGAUCCAGCAUUGUCACUGCUGUGGCUCAGGUCACUGCUGUGGUACAGGUUCAGUCCUUGCAUUGGGAACUUCUGCAGGCCACGGGCACAACCAGCAAAGGCUGAAGUAGAAUGUUUCAUCUCAGAGAAGUGCACGGAUUGUGCAAAGCGAGGAACAGGGUGAGUUCUGGGCUGUUGAAAAGUCUGGUGGAAGAAGGGGCUAUCCUGAUUUGUCAUGGUAUCUUCCAGCUCACUUAAAACAGCCCUUGACUUUGCAUUGCAAUUUCGCUCUCUGCAGGUAGCAUUUGUGCAGGUGAGGACUGAAUACCCUUGGCUGCGGUGGUUUUACUCCCUGCUGUCUCCCGUUUCCCUGCCUUUCUUCCUCCCUCUGAUGUCCUCUCCUUCUGCCUGUCUCCGCCAGCCCCUUUCCUUCCACCUUUGCGCAGGCCCAGAUUCCCCUGCUCCCCUCCAUCCUGUUUGUUCGUUUUGCUGUUCAGCUUCCCCCAGAAGUCUCGCUUCUGCUCCCUUGCCACUCAUCCUCCUCAUCACUUCUACGGACUCACUUUGAUCCCCGUCUUCCUGUGAAUGAUGUUUGGUGAGCUUCAAAUCACCAAAUCCAGUGGCUUGGGCUCAAAGCUUAGUCUUGUCCUUGACAGAACUGGACCCUUAGGCCAUCUGCAUUGAACUUCCCCUCCUGGCUCCUGAGACCGCCUUUGCCUUAUCCUGUGCUCGAAGGGCUGUGGUCAGAAACUCCUUUCUCUCCUCAGAAACUCAUCCAUUCCUCAUCCUCUGAAUGAGUGGCACCCAAGUGUUUAUCCUCGGCCUAGUUCCAGAGAGCCCCAACCUGUGUGCUCGAUGUGUCAGCUUGGUCACCCUGUUGUCACUGAACCUGAAUUUCUCCCUUCUGCCCAUUAAACUGCCCCUCUCCACAGCCCACCUUCUUUAAUCAUCUCGACUCCAGACUACAGACCUUUGCCAUUUUGAUCUCUUGUCACAAAAGUCCUAUCCAUCUUUUAGAAGCUGUCUCCAGCUACAGUCUUUCUUUCUGUUGUCCUUGCUUCCCUGCCCCCCACCCCCACCCAUUUCAUUUCUCUCCUGGAAUUUUUUUCCCCCCAGGAGCUACCUUAAUUGGUCUCCUGCCCAUCUUUUGUGUGUGUAGAGACUAGAGCGAUCUUUCCAAGGGACAUGUGAUCUGAAGUGUCUCAGGCUUCGAGAAUCAAGCUCGUGCACCAUGGUAUUCAGGGCUCCUCAGGCUGGCACUGCCCUGCCUGCCUUUCCCUGCAUCCUCUCCAGGCCCAAGGCCCCUCUCGGCAGGUGCCCAUUUGGGCCCCUAAGCCUUUUCAUCCUUGCUGCAUCCUCCAGCCAGCCCCUGGCUUUCUGCGGCUCUCCUGUUAGGGUGCUCCCCCCUUCUCUUCUUUCCAUGGCUCCUUCAGGGCCCAGCUCACAUUUUGCUGUGCACCUUCCUGACUACCCCCCCCACCCCGACUUUCCACUUUACUCUGCUUUAGUAGCGCCUGAGAACACCACUACAAAUUUUGGAACUUUGGCAAAAAGGGCAGUUGGCUGUUGGUAUCUGAUGUCUCUGUUCUCCCCAAGAAAAGUAAGCUCCUUGCAGGAGCACCCAUGGCACCAUCUACGUGUCUGCCUCACACGGGACGCUCCCCGGUCACUUGAGGAGUCCGGUUUCUUCUUGCAAAGGAGAGCAUGUUCUUUGUUCAGGACAUCGGGCUUUGACUUCACUUAGGUCUCACGCAGCUUUCUGGCUACUGGUGGCUGUCCCUUAUUGAUGGAUUUUGCUAGUAAAGAGGACAGCAGAAAGGAAGCGUGGCCCCAGGCACCAAGAGAGUUAGCAGCAAGGGGACAUUUAAGAAGUGUUGUGGAGCCCACAGAGCUUCACUUUUUGAGACUCAGAGAAGUAGCGUUUCUUGUGUAAAGGGAGUACAGUAGAAUUUAAGUUGCACGUUAGAAGUUGCACUGAAAAUCUCCCACCCCAAAGGAAAGUUGUUUUCUGGGUAGCUGGCUUUUGGAUAGACUCUUUGAAGCAUGUUUUCUCAGAGAUUGUGGAGAUGAGGGUAUCCUCGGGGACGGGGGGAUCUGCCCCCCUAUGGGUAGGGGUGGGGUGGGCAUGAGAGGCACCCCAUCCCGACCUUCAUUUGCCUCCUGUCCAGCCCCAAGCUUUUGGCUGAAGAGUGGUUUUUGUUUGGAGGAAUCUGUGCUUCAGUCACGGGUGUUAACAGGGGACCUUGUUUGCCUGCUUCAGACUCCUGAGUAGAAUGAUUCAGAGAGUCCACCUGGGGGAGUGGAAGGCCAGCCAUAUAUAUAUAUAUAUAUAUAUAUAUAUAUAUAUAUAUAUAUAUAUAUGCUGGCAUUUCUUUUCCCAUGAUGGCUUUUAAUGACAUGUUUGGUGACAGAACUCUAAACCUCUGAAAUUCCCCUGAUUGGGAAUUCCCAUUUUCUUCUCCCACUUCACCUCAUUUAAUUCAAAAGCCCACCCCUUGUUUUUGCCUGGUCACUUGAUAGGUAAUGCUGCACACGUGACGAAUGCCAGCCCGCCCCGCACAUGCUUGGCAUCAUUAGAACAGGAUGAGAGGGGGCUGCCCCCCCAGACCCUGUAGUUCUGUUGGCCCUCGUCUGAAAGCUCUGGCUGAGAGGGUUGUGUUUGGCAUCGCCUCCGCUUAAGCAAGAAUCCUGGGAAGAGAUUUCCACAUUUAAUUUAACUGUGUACAUCCAGAACCAAGGCUGAAUCACAGGUCAUGUGUGAAUUUCCUAAAUAUCCCAACCUAGAACCUCCUCAUAAAGGCACCGGGUCUGAGCUGUAGGGUGUUUCAAGCCAGUUUCCUCACACUCUUUGAGAUUCCUUUGAUGCAGACGUCUAAUGUGUUAAAUAAAUGGUGGAUUGUUGA